AUGACAUCGUUCAAAUACGACCAGUUCGUUGCGUUCGGGGCGGAUAGCGCCGGCCUCGAACGCAUCCUCCGCGGCCUCCAAGCCCUAACCGCAAUCGUCUCCUCAACACCCGCCCUCCUCGCCCUCGUCCUCUCAACCCCAGACCCCGUCCUCGACGCCCUGGGCCCCCUCCGCGGCCACCUCAACCUGACCAGGCGCUUCAUCCGCUUCUUCUGGUUCCUCAACUCCUUCGGCACCUCGUACAACCUCUACACCUCCAUCUCACCGCCCUCCACGGCUCCCGGUCAGAAAUCCAGCGGUGGCGCAGGACUCGAGACGUGGCUCGACAUUCUCAAAUUCACCCUCCUCGGCCUCUACGGCGGCCUCGAGUCCCUCACCCUCCCGGACCUCCUCGGCGUCCCGCAGAUCCAGUUCUUCGGCCCCGAGCGCACGAGGGCGCUGAACGUCGAGGCCCAGCGGUUCUGGUUCCUCGCGCUCUUCCUCGGAAUCGUGGGCAACGUCAUUCGCAUCACGAAGUCCUUCGCCUACGCCCCCGUCCCGCAGCACGGUGCGGGGUACGGCACCGGAGAGAAGCCGAACGGGACUGCUGCUGCGGGAGAUGAGAAGGCUGCGGAAAAGACAGAGGUCGUUGAGGAGACGAAGGCCGAGGUAGAGGAUGAGAAGCUGGAUCUGAACGCCGAGCGCGCGCGGCUCAAGGCUCUCGUCGUCAAGAGGCGGGAGGGCAUGAGGAAGUGGCGGAGGCAGGUCGCGUUCAAGGUCAAGAGCCUCGGGCGCAAGGUCAUCUCGGACUCGCUGGAUUGCAUCAUUCCAGGUGUUAUCCUGGGCUGGGUUAACAUCGGACCCGGCGCGGUCGGGGUUGCGAUGUUCAUCACGACUGUCUUGACGAGCAGGGAUAUUUGGGAGAGGUGCGGUGCUGGUGUCGCCGCGAAAAGGGGCGUUGCUUAG